UUAUUGGAUGAUAUUGAACUGUGAAUUCUAAGACUUUACCCAUCACUCUUUUGGUUGGUGAAAAAAAAAAUUAUUUAAGAUCAUCGCUGCGCUAAAACCAUUCACGUAAAGUUAACAAUGAAGUAAAGAAGUAUAUGAAAAAAUGAAUGUAAACACAGUGUAAUGAGAACAUCAUUGUCGAUUACCGUUAGAUACCACAAGUUCAGAGUACUCGCUGUAAAUACCAAUUAUUAUUAUGCCUUAGAGGAUGAUAAUAAAGUCUUGCAUUUUGCAUUGUGAAGUGUUAAAUGGAAAAUUUCUCAAGCAAUAAACUGCAAUCCUUAAGUCCAUUAAAAGAAAUUUAUGUUAGAUCAACUGCAUUAACAUAAUUUACCGAGUCGAUAACCAGCACACGAAUUGACAAUUUAUACGCGAGCAACCGUAAUUUGAUGCAAAAUGGGAAACUCGGGCAGUGCUCAUUCAGCUGUGCCAAAUUCCAUCGAUCACAACAAUUAUCGUCAUUCACCUAGUCAAUGGUCACAGUCGGUUCCACGAGAAUCUACAAAUCGCCACACGCACCAAAUCAAAGUUUUACCAGAACUUAAGGGUGGUGCACGCCUUCGAGCCACCAAUAAUGGAAAUAUUUUACAUGGUGGUGGGACGCUAUCGGGGAGGAGAGAUUUAGUGUUGCACAAUGGUGUGUUUCGUACAAGAAGCACAUCGUCUACGCGAAGUCCAGAUCCGUCUGAAACGAGCACACGUCUGCCACCACAUCCACAUCAGUUAAUGCAACGCUCACAAACUCAAUUAAAUAUCAUAAGAAAACAGCCGGGGCUAGGUAAAUUACCCGAAAAUAAUCCCAUCAAACGGUCUGGAUCAGAACCAGACUUGAGAGGAAGUGGUGAUGAACGAAAUGAUGGUCCGAAGAUGGACUCUCGAGGUAACAUGGACAAAAAUAAUUUGCCAAAAGCAAAGUUAAUAAGAAACAAGAAGAAGAAAGCGGCUCCUUUGCCACCCGUACAAGUGAAAGCAAAUCAAGCAUCAAUGGAAAGAAAAUCCCUGAACUACGAUCCGAGUCGGUUUGGUUGGAAGAAGCCGGAAGAAAACUUACCUAAUAAUAAGGAAAAUGUGGAGGAAAAGGAAGCUCCGAAAAAAUUACGUUUAUUCAAGACAAAAGCGGAAACCCAAAAAGGCAAUGAAGUGACAGUAUUUCAAAAAGAGAUUGAAAAAGCCGCGCAAGCUAAAAAUCAUUUAAAUCGAUAUUCAAAUACAGAACGGCAAUCAUUUAAUAGCCUCCCAUUUAAUCAUGAUACACACAAUACUGAAUUCGAUCGACUGUCCGAUCAUCACGAAGAAAACGUACCGCCAAUGCCACAACUGUUUCGAAGAGAAAAAUCGUUUGAUUUGAGUUUGCUAAUGCAACAGAAGCAAUCACACUUUGGUGCCAAUUCGUUUGCUAACAAAGAAACACAUUUACCAUCAACAAACAACGUUGUUAAUCAGCGUUCAAUACCCGUAAGUCGCAUGUCUUCAGUUGAAUCUAAACUUCGAUCGAGAAAGUUUUCACAGCCAGUGACAUCACCUACAAUAUCCGGAAAUAAUACUGAAACGGACUUUAAAAAAGAAUUGUUAGCCGCUACUCGUAGACGAUCACAGAAUAUUAUCUUAAAGAGACAAGAUGAAUCCGCAGUAAUCGAUUCAAAAUUGUUGAGCAAGAGCUGCGAGGAAUUGGAAAAAAGCUUGCCAAAUAAAUCAUUUGAAAAACCAGUGAACAAGCCAAUCGAUGAAGUGAAACUUGAGGAUUGUAGGAGUAUCCGAAAGCCUCUGGCUAAAGAAGAAAACGAAGAAAGGCAUCAGAAUCAUGUCAUCGAAUCCGCAACGAAAACGUUUUAUUUUGGUAUGACUGGAGACCAGUCGAUGCUAAUGAACGAAGAAUUACCAGUUAUCCAUAAAUCCACCAUAGAUUUGAUGCCUACAUCGAAUCACUUUUCCGAACUGGAUUCUGAGUCUACCGAUUCCAGUCUAUCGUCAGCACUGAUAGACCAUUUCCCAAUGCAUUUAAUCCAAACAAUAGACGAUCAUCUGAAUGACCCGGACAGUAAUCCUAAUGGAAUUCAACUGCAUGUGCGUCCAACACUACCGCGAAGGCAAUACGAAGUUCCGCGUUUUUCACCAGCUGCUGCCUGGAAAAAUUUAGCAUUAGAUUGUGAUGUAGCAACGAGUCCAGAUGAAACAACGAAUGUGUGCGAAAAGAAAAAUUAUAGUUCUUACAGUGCCAACGAUGUGGACGUGGACGAACCUUCACUGAAUCAGCAGUUGUUAGAAAGUCGAAUCGAACGUGUAUAUAGAGAUCCCAUUCCUGGAUUUCUCGACAAUAAAAGCGGAGAUAGUGGAAUUUCAGGAGAUGCUGGAAUGUUGCAGGAACGCCCUGAAAGUCCUACACUACGCGAUGGUCAAAACAAUGACAAAAUCGGUCCGUUUCUUUUACCAUGGACGCCACUGCAGGAUUUAGGAGAAGAAAGUAGUUCAGACGAUGCAGAAAUGGCCAACUCGAAAGAAGAAUUAUCGAAGUUGGUCAAUAGAGGUCAUGUCUUCAGUUUAUCCCUUCCACGUGAAAGUCAUUUGCUUGGUUAUGGCGGUGAAAAUCUUCAGUUAGCUGAUGCUAAAACAUUCAACAGUCUUCAAAAAUUAAAGCGCACAGUUUCAAGUGCAUUCGGCGGAAGCAAUGACAGUCGUGAGCAAAAUAAGCCAACUAUAUACCACAAUGAAAACUGGAUGUUGAGUCGUUCAGCGCCUAAUUCGAUAGAUAACAACCUAUUCACGCCAGUUCUCAAUACAACGUCAGAGUGUGGUGAUGAGAAUGAAGACUUCCUUCCGUAUGAAGAAGAUCGCCAUGAACGCACCGACGAAAUUGAAGAAAAGAGUCAACAUAAUGAAUAUCGUUCGUACCAUCGACGUCCACGGCAGCAGACACAAACUGAGCACAGCAAAAUCUUACCGCCUUCUUUUAACUAUCUUACGGGCGGCAAACAUUUGAUGUAUCUGCCGAAUCAAGAAAAUGCCAUUGGAUAUGACGAACGAGAUAGUUCACCGGUUAACAUAGGUAGCGAUCGUCGCUAUGGAGCCGAAGCUAUUGCUUCCGAAAAUCGAUCAUCAAGUUUCAACGAUGAAGAAUAUGAUGAACGAGAAAACUUACAAGAUCCACCUGAACUCGCAUUGAAUUCAAAUGGUAAUCAACAUUUAACUGACCUUGAGCCAUCGCAAUUUGCUUUCAAAAUGAAAAACAUCAAUUCCGGAAAGUCUCGAAACCAUCAUCGUUUUACAUUCCAAAGUACGGUCAGACAAAUCGAACGACGACGCCUAGCUGAACGAUUAUCAAAAGAUGCCGAACAGAAAGAAGCACAACGAUUAAGUGAACUGGAAGCAAUGCGUCGCGUUGAAGAAGAAUUUCAAAAAAAGAGGGCCAGAGAGAAGGCAACCAUCAGACACCAAUUGCGUCUAUAUUCGAUGGGUGAGAAUGAGACGGACGUGUUGGGCUACUCAACUGGUCAAUACACGAGUCUACCGAUUGAAUGGAAGUCAAAUGUGCCUCGAGACGAACCAGAUGGUGCCGUGUCGAGUCCAGCACCAAGUCCAACUUCGCAAAAUUAUUUACCAAUAAGCAAGUCUACUGAUAGCGAAACAUAUGUGGACACUAAGACACCGUACAUCUCGCGCAUAAUUGAACAGAAAAGCGGAAAAUUAUAUCGAAGUCAGAAUUCAAUGAAAAAUAUUGAUGUUAGGACUCCACCAACUGAGGUUUUAUCCGAGUUUCAUACCACACGCCGCGAGUAUGUCGAGUAUCGAAAUUCAAGGAAAACUCCUUCAAAUAAAUCAGGACGGACUGGUAGUAACUCAUUAAAUCCGAUGACCUACAAAUCAGCGAUUGAUGAUCAACCAUCGGAUAAUUAUCGUAAAUCGUUUGCACAUGGUCGAUCCAUAUGUAGUUCUGAUUCCGAUAUGUCGGGGCCUAUAAUUCGAAAUGUAACGCGACAUAAACAUCGAUCGAGGUCACCAAGUCCAGAAUUAUGACUGCAAGAGUGCACAUGAUAUUCAUUCAGCAUACAAAACAUAUUACUCCGAGAGUGAAAUACAUAUAACUUCCAGAAUGAGAUACUAAUUUUUGCUGUCUAGUCAAUAAGAGUAAACAAUAAAAUCUUUUGUUUUUCAGCAAUUUUUUAUCAUAGAAUCGAAUUAAAUUGUUUUAAUAAAAAUGUUUGAU